AUGGCAACAUCGCGAGAUUACAGUAAAUCAGUGAUAGCCGCAUCGGACGAAAUCAAGGACAUAUUUUGUGAACCUUGUGUUGGUGAUGGAAAACAGAUAGAAGCAGAAGGAUUUUGUGUGGACUGUUCAGAAUAUCUAUGUGGACAAUGUUAUAACAGUCACGGGAGAUUUAAAGCGUUCAAACACCAUGUGCUCCAGGAUAAGAAAAAUAUGCCUGUUGAUGUAGCAAGAACAAGUGUACUUGAUGUGUGCGUAGAAAAGUGUUCUAAACAUCCAACAAAGGUCACUGAAUACUUUUGUCAGUCAUGUGACAUACUUGGAUGUAGUGCGUGCAUCACUACAAACCACCGCCAAUGCCAAAAUGUCGACCACGUACCGGACAUUGUUAUAGAUCUAGAAAGCAAAGAGGAAUUCAAAGAGUUUGUAGAAUACGUCGAUAAAAGAAUUACAAUGCUAAAAGAAAGAAAGGACAUUAUUAAUUCAAGAAAAUCUGAAGCAGAGGAAAUGAAAAAGCAGGCAAAAGAAGACCUCAAAAAUCAGCGUGAUAAGAUAAACACGUUUUUCGACCAACUUGAAUCUGAAAUGGACAAGAAGAUAACGGCUAUUGACAAAAAUAACAAGGAUACAUUAAAAGCAGCGUCAGACAGAUGUAGUAUCUUAAAUGAUGAACUAAACAAAAUGAAAAUUGUUGUCGAGACAAAUAGGAAAAAUGGACAAAAAUGUGAACUGUUCACAAAAAUGAAAAGAUCAAUAGUGGAAAUUGAAAAGCUUGACAGUCAGUUCGAAAUGCUGUAUGAAGAGAGUAAGAUACAAAGAUAUAAACUAAAACCAUCCACAAAGACAGAGGAAGUAAUAAAAAACACGACUGAAAUAUAUAGAAUGUUUACUGCAAAACUUGUUUCAGAGAUCGAUGUAAGCUCUUGCGAAGACAAGAUAAAACCACGUAUAGUUGGGAUGUCGGUGGUACAAGGACAUUACAUUACUGUUGCAGACAAUAACAAUAAAUCAGUUAAGAUAAUUGAUACUCGAAAUGGCAGAGUUACAUCAGUGAUAAGUUUGGACUGUAGUUUUGUUAGGAGUGUCUCAAAUGUCAAGGGCGAACAAAUUAUAGUUUUACUGACAUCAUAUCGACCUGAAUUCCAGAGUAAUCUUCUCACUCUGACUGUAUCAGCGUCCGGGGUGAUAAAUAAAGGUAAUGUGGUUGUUACAACUAUGAAAACAGCUUACGAUGUUGUUGUCAUUGCAAAACACCUCUAUGUGCUACAUAGAAAUGAAAUCAAAGUACUCGAUAUGCAUGGAAAUGUUCUGAAAACAGUAGGAUGUGACGACACUUCCCUUUCUUCUAUAGCUGUAAGUCCUAACAAGCAAACCAUUUAUUUAACAAGGUAUGAAAGUAAUCGCGUAGCGAGUAUGACCUUGGAUGGCAAGGUCACAGCGACCUACAAGGACAAGGAUCUCAAACAUCCCUGGGAUAUAACAGUAGACAACGAGGGCUUUGUUUAUGUAAGAAGUGAUGGAGGCAUUUAUCAGCUGGCAAAGGACUAUACCAAGGUUCAAAUUAUCUUAGACGACGUGUUUGGUAGAAGCAUAACCCACUCUGAUGCAGAUAAUAGACUCUAUGUGGGAGAAGUUGAGAAAGUGAAAGUGUAUGAACUGAAGUAG